GAUGCUUUGAUCAAAAUAAAAUAUUUUACAUUUAUUUAUUCGUGAAUACUCCGUAUGGUUUUUAUCGGUUUAACUCAACCUGAUUAUGUGAAGAGGGUCCCCACUCAACGAAAUUCCCUCCCGCCUUCCACAACAGAUCUUCCUAGAAAUAAACGAAGUUCAGACGAAUUUGGAACUAUUUAUUAAUUUAUAAAUUAAUAAAAUUUAUGAUCACAAAUUCUUCUUUCUUUGUCUCCUGAUUUGGGUAGAUUAUCAUCAGUAUUCUACCAAAUUCUAUUCAAUUUUCACUCUCCUAACACCCAGAUUCUCUUUCGUUUUUUUCUGGGAUUAAAUUUAAUUGGAAUUUUGGAUUUUUGGAAGAAAGGAGAGAGAAAUAGACAGCUACGCCAGUAAAGAACUAAAGAUGAUGUUGCAGUAUAAUGGGUUUUCAGGGCUUAAGACAAAAAGGAUUGUGUUUGAAGAUGUUUUCAGUGUGCUUGAUUCUGUGAGUCUUGAGCAUCUGAAAGAACUAACUGCAAGGCGUAGAGUGAUUGAGGAAUCUAUAAACGCAACCAGCUUCAUCACAGAAGCUACUGCAAGGGAGAUGUCUGGAGGGCUGACUUCUCGCAGUCAACAGGAUAUUCAGAAACUUGAACAGUAUCUGCCACUGCUGCAGAACUUUAUUGUCCAAGUUGAUUCGAUAAGUCGAAAUAAGGAUUUGUUGAUCUUAGAGCUGAGAAUACAGUGGAGUAGCACCCUUAGCUCUAUGAAGUUUAGAUUUGGCGGUCCAAAGUUUUUCCAAAUAAAUAGUUUGAAGUAUGAACUUGGGAUGGUUCUGUUUCUUUAUGGUUUGACUAUCCGUGAGAGAGCCUUUGAAGUUUUUUCAGAAGAUAUGCAGCAAUCUGCCAGCCUUCUGAGAAAAGCAGCUGGAAUCUACAAAUAUUUGAGUGCUGAAGUCCUUCCACUUUUGCAAUCUAUCUUGCCUCCAGAGAAGCCACCAGAAACUACAACGAAUGUCUCUUCUGCCAUGAAUAAUAUUUGCUUGGCAGAAGCUCAGGCAAUAGCCAUAAGAAUUGCAGAAAAGCAGGGAUUGUCCAAUGGUGCACUAGCAAAAUUGCACUAUGGCGUUACACAGCUCUUGGAUGAAGCAAGUUCUGUUCUGCAAUCAGAACCUAAAGAUGUUUCUCGCAAAUUUAUAGAGUUUAUAUAUACUUGCAGUACUCUACAUGAAUUGAAAAGUUAUAGACGCCUUGCUGAAAGCUACAAACAGUCUGAACAGAUGGGAGUGGCCAUUGGUCUUCUUAACUGUGGAAUGAGUAAAUCAAAGAACUUGCCUGGAGAACAGACUUGGCGAGAAGCUUUUAAAAGUGAAGUUUACAAGAUCUCUGAUAUGCUAAAAAAGUACAAUGAUGAAAAUGCAUUUGUCUGGCAGCAAAAGAUCCCACUAGAUUAUGAGUUGCCAUCCUUGGAAGGUAGAACGGUAGUGACCACCACCUCUUAUGAGCCUCAAAGAUGGGAAAGAGAAAUUGCUUUCAGCAGCUGAAAGCAAACCGUAUUUACUUGUACAGUAUCAUUUAUUGUGUAAAAAGUACUGAUUCACUUCGCUUCUUGUGUAUACCAGGCUUACCAGCUGAGCCUGGAGUUUUGUUUCAGAAAGGAGUUUUGUUCCUGUCUUGCUGAAGUCAAUAUUCAUAAGGCUUGAACGGUAGGCCGUUAAGGGCAAUGUAGGAUUUGAGUGUAAAUGAAGAUUACAGAGCUGGAGCUGCUGUUCAGUGUCCAUGCUGAUUUUGGUUGCAUUUUGCAGGACUGAUUAGUGAAUACUAAGGAAAAAUUAAAACUUUUUCAAGGAAAUUGCAUCCUUGAGUUGUUCGUUCAUGUCUUAAUUGCAUUGUUUACAAAUUGAUGAUCCAGCCAAUCCAUUUUUACUUAAAUUGGUUUCCGUUUUUUAGAUUGAAAACAAAUACAAUAAUGAUAAAGAGGAUAUUGUUCUUGUACUA